AAUGAAGAACCUGAAAAGACAGAACAAGAUGGAAAACCCAGCCAAGCCACGAGAGAGCCUAUGGAGUGGUUGUGAUGGGACUGAUAGUGCCGUUCAGCUGAUCAACAAGAUUAAUGCGAUUCAUAAAUAAGUAUUCUGUUCCUCAAAGUAGCUUUAAUGGUGUUCAGAAGGUAGAAAGUGAAGUAUGAACCACUCAGAAAGCUCUAAAGUUUUCAAAGAAAGAGCCUAAAGUGCCUAAAAUGCACAUUUCUCCCUUCCGACAUCCAGCUUUAGGUGAGAAGACCGACUUCUUCCGAAUGGUUCAUGAAAAGACUUCAGUUGAUAACCUGAAGCAAAGGGGUAACUUUAGGAGGCAUAAGAAGUCCGGAGCCAAGAAGGCCACUGCUCAAGCUAAUAUUCCUCAUUUUGAAUACAGGGUUGGAGCACGAAAUAAUUCCAAAACUGGGUACAAUUUUUACCCUCAGAAGGAGAUUAACACAAUUUCCUCAAUCGAAAUUGGCGACUCUCAGAGGCCGAAGCAUAUUUAUUCAGCCAAGAAAAUGCCAGCAGGGAGUCAGCAAAGGGUUCCUGCCUCGAAAGGGAAAAUUGUUAAGAGCAGACUUCUCAAAGGGGCUAAGAAGAGAGGUCCUAGGAAUUCAGCUAAUGGUGAUUUACCUUUUGUUCAGAAGCAACCUAGCAAGAACCCAAAGGGACGCAGCUAUCAGGAGCCCUCUUAUUCCAUGUUUCAUAACACAACUGUGAAUAAAGCAAAGCAGGUCGGCAGAAAGCGAACUAUUCUGAAGGCAGAUGAUACUGUAAUGUAUAAGAAUCACCAGCACAAGCUUGGAGCUUCAGGUAACAGAAGUACUAAAAUCCCAAUAUUUUUGCAGAAAAAGAAGCUUAAACAAGAAGUCAAAGAGGAAGAAAUCAAGCAGAAAUAUUUCAAGAUGUAUGACCAAGCUGGGGUAACUCUUCAGAGCUCGGAUAGCCAUAGGGAUCUGAUUAGGUUCAAAAAGAGCCAGAAAAUGGAGGUCACGCCUAGAGAACAAAAAGUUAUCGAUGAAGGGGAAGAUGAUCCAAUUUUAGGCCUCAGAGGCACCCUUGACGACCACGUCAACCCGGUUAAUGUUAUCGCAGAUACAGGUGAUAUGGUGUUGGUGAAACAGAAUCAUAAGCAAUUUAAGGGGUCUCAGUCGGAUUUUGACAAAUUUGAGCAGGAUAACCAUAAGAAGUUAGCUAUUUCCUCCGCUAAAAUUCAACAGAUUUACCAGAGACUGAAAGAUAUCACAACUAGCCUUGGGCUUACUGACGAGGACAUUGGCUUAGAAGUCAAUGAUGUCUCACCUUUGAGCUAUAACCGUGACGCCAAACUUGAGGCUCUUAGUAAGAUUGAGGAAAUUCAGACUAAGUUUCGGAAGACUUACAUCAAACUGACCGACCAGGUUGAGAGGAUCCAUCAUUACUCAAAGCAGGUCCUUGCUUCAGCAAGGAAUGGGAAAUCUCUACAGGCUCAGCAAUUGAAAGCCCUGCUGAAAAGAGUACAAUGAGUUAACUCCUCUUAUAACCGAUUGAAGCAGAUCGAUAAUCUCAGGAUAAAAUAUGAAAAAUUGGAGAAGAACAAAGCUGAUUUUCGGACUGAGGAAGAACUUGUCUUACAAGUCCUUGAUAGAGACAAGAAACUGCAGCAAUUGCAAAAGCAUCAAAAGACUGAGCUUAUUGAUGAAUUCUCUGUAAGGCCUCAGCCUUCCUCGGAUCUUGAGCAUCAAGCUUGGAGAGCUCAUAUACCUAAACGGAAGAAAUUGAAAAAGCAGUAUAGAGGUAUGGCAGAAGACAGCGUUUAGAUGAAUUAUAAGAUCUCAAUGAAGAAUCGCCAGAAGGAUAUAAUUGAUUUUUCA